AGUUGGAUAUUGCUCACAGGACUCCGACUCCCGCCAUGUCAAACGGAACGUGGGACGCACCUCGGAGGUACGGGCCUGGUCAUAUCUUUGCAGAGGGCUUACCGAAGGAGACUGGCUAACCAUCGGAAAGCACCAUGUAUACAGAUGCCUUCUCGCCGGUGUCUGGUUAUGAUUCGGGGUUCUACCAACCGUCGAGCAUCCCUAUCUACUCUCCCGCAGCCAGCAGCUACAACUUGCCCUUAGGCAAGACCCAGAGCACUGUCCCCUCUUAUACCUCGCGGCAGUCAUCUGGCCCAAAUAUCACGAAUGGCAGUGGCAGUGGCAGCGGCAGUGGCAGCGGUCCCCGGUAUACUUCAUACACAACUCCACACUCUCAACCGUGGGAUCACCGCGAGAGGUUCUCCCCAUCGGAUUCGGUCGACGAUAUCAACACGUCGCCAAACCUCUCGGACUAUUCCCCGGAGCAUAGGCCCAGUACGACUCCGCCCGGGAAGAACAAGGUGAAUGGAAAGGGCAGGCCGCAACGUCGACCGUCCAACCGGGACGAGUUCGACGGCCCUCAUCAGCUUCUUGCACCUCCUCCGCCAGACUACAUUGCCCUUCAGGAGCGAGAGCUCCCUCACCUUCCCACCCACCUCCUCGUUCAGGAACAAGACGCCGUUCUCACGCAAGUGAACGAUCGCCUAUCUCAGUGUGCAUACGAUUUUGUCGCCAAGUACCAGUUCCCCAUUCCGCUGACUCAGGACAUGCGUCCUGUCGAGCGGCCGCAAGACCGCGAGUGGACCGAGUGGGUGUACCUGCUCAAGCGACUGGCUACCAAGCGCCGUAUCCCGGCCCGGGUGCUCUACAACGGCCAGAUCAAGCAGUUUGUCACCGUCCUAGAGAACUCGCUCGAGAUGCGGCACGCCUCCAAACAGCAGAGCCGGCCGCUGAAGGACGAUCGCAACAUUCUGCAGCUCAUCUCGGCCGGCAUCCAGGUGGCUAAAAUUCUGAAGGAUGCAAGCGCCAUGAAGUAUCUCGAUCAAUUAUACGUUCAGACGGAGCAGCAGAUCCAGGAACGCGUCAAAGCAUCGCGGUUCCGGCAGUAAGACCGACGAGAGCCGACGUUAUCAACGUCACCCGA